CUGUAUAUGAACCAAGAGAAAAAAUUCACAUGGACAUGCUGUAUUUGACAAUAUUUUAUUUCAGAACAACUAAAUUGUAGAUAAGAUGGCAAAUUAUUAAAGAACUUAAGAGAUGCAAGAAAAUUUCCAGAGAAAUGGAACACUACAAGAACAACUGCCUAAAACAAGAAAGCAAGCUGUUGGAGCUAUUGAGAUAUUCCGCUUUGCUGACGGGCUGGACAUCAUGCUCAUGGUCCUGGGAAUACUGGCAUCACUGGUAAACGGAGCCUGUCUUCCCUUAAUGUCACUGGUUUUAGGAGAAGUGAGUGAUCACCUUAUUAGUGGAUGUCUAGUCCAAACUAACACAAGAAAUUCUCAGAACUGUACUCAGUCUCAAGAGAAGCUGAAUGAAGAAGUGACUAUGUUGACUCUGUAUUAUGUUGGAAUAGGAGCUACUGCCUUGAUUUUUGGCUACAAGCAGAUUUCCUUUUGGGUGAUGGCUGCAGCACGGCAGACCAAGAGAAUUCGAAAGCAGUUUUUCCAUUCGGUUUUGGCGCAGGACAUCGGUUGGUUUGACAGCUGUGAUAUCGGGGAACUUAACACUCGCAUGACUGAUGACAUCAGCAAAAUCAGUGAUGGCAUCGGGGACAAGAUUGCUCUGUUGUUUCAAAAUAUGUCUACUUUUUCCAUUGGCCUGGCAAUUGGCUUGGUAAAGGGCUGGAAACUGACUCUGGUGACUCUAUCCACAUCUCCUCUUAUCAUGGCUUCAGCGGCAGUGUGCUCUCGGGUAUUCUUUAGUGUGAUCCACAGUAGUUACUGCAUCGGAGCAGCAGCCCCUCACUUUGAAACCUUCUCUAUAGCCCGAGGAGCUGCCUUUAAUGUUUUCCAGGUUAUUGAUAAGAAACCCAGCAUAGAUAACUUUUCAACAGCUGGAUAUAAACCUGAAUGCAUAGAAGGAACUGUGGAAUUUAAAAAUGUUUCUUUCAAUUAUCCAUCAAGACCAUCUAUCAAGAUUCUGAAAGGUCUGAAUCUCAAAAUUAAGUCUGGAGAGACAGUAGCCUUGGUUGGCCCCAGUGGUAGUGGCAAGAGCACAGCAGUCCGGCUUCUGCAGAGGUUAUAUGACCCUGGUCAUGGCUUUAUCACAGUGGAUGCGAAUGACCUCAGAGCCCUGAAUGUGCGGCAUUACCAAGAACACAUUGGAGUGGUCAGCCAGGAGCCUGUGCUGUUUGGAACCACCAUCAGGAACAAUAUUAGAUAUGGACGAGAUGGUGUAACUGAUGAAGAGAUUGAGAGAGCAGCGAAGGAAGCAAAUGCUUAUGACUUCAUAAUGGAGUUUCCUAAUAAAUUCAACACAUUGGUAGGAGAAAAAGGAGCCCAGAUGAGUGGAGGACAGAAACAGAGAAUUGCCAUUGCUCGAGCUUUAGUUCGAAACCCCAAAAUUCUGAUCUUAGACGAGGCUACAUCUGCUCUGGAUACAGAAAGCGAAUCAAUUGUUCAAGCUGCACUGGAGAAGGCCAGCAAAGGUCGCACUACAAUUGUGGUAGCACACCGACUUUCAACUGUUCGAAGUGCAGAUCUGAUUGUGACUCUAAAGGAUGGGAUGGUAGUGGAAAAAGGAACCCAUGCUGAGCUAAUGGCACAGCAAGGUCUAUAUUAUUCACUUGCCAUGUCACAGGAUAUUAAAAAAGCUGAUGAACAGAUGGAGUUAAUGACAUAUUCUCCUGAAAGAAACACCAGCCCUGUUUCUCCAUGUGCUAUGAAUAACAUCAAGUCAGAUGGUACUGACAAGUCUGAGGAAUCCAUCCAACAUAAGGAGACAAGUCUUCCUGAAGUGUCUCUAUUAAAAAUAUUUGAAUUAAACAAAUCUGAAUGGACUUUUGUGAUUCUGGGGACAUUGGCUUCUGUUCUGAAUGGAACUGUUCAUCCAAUAUUUUCCAUCAUCUUUGCUAAAAUCAUAACUAAGUAAAUGUUUGAAGGUGAUAAUAAAACAACAUUAAAGCACAAUGCAGAAAUCUAUUCCAUGAUAUUUGUCAUUCUGGGCAUUAUUUGCUUUGUCAGUUACUUCAUGCAGGGACUGUUUUAUGGCAGAGUAGGAGAAAUUUUAACCAUGAGAUUAAGACACUUGGCAUUCAAAGCCAUGUUAUAUCAGGAUAUUGCCUGGUUUGAUGAUAAGGAAAACAGCACAGGAGCCUUGACAACAACAUUAGCCAUAGAUAUAGCACAAAUUCAAGGGGCAACAAGUGCAAGGGUCGGUGUCUUAAUGCAGAAUGCAACCAACAUGGGACUGUCCGUUAUCAUUUCCCUUGUAUAUGGAUGGGAGAUGACACUCUUAAUUCUGAGUGUUGCUCCAGUACUUGCUCUAACAGGAAUGAUUGAAACCGCAGCAAUGACUGGAUUUGCCAACAAGGAUAAGCAAGAACUUAAGCGUGCAGGAAAGAUAGCAAUUGAAGCUGUGGAGAACAUUCAUACUAUAGUGUCAUUAACAAGAGAGAAAGUCUUUGAGCAAACAUAUGAAGAGACUCUUCAGACCCAACACAGAAAUACCUUGAAGAAAGCACAAAUCAUAGGAAGCUGCUAUGCAUUCAGCCAUGCCUUUGUGUAUUUUGCCUAUGCAGCAGCAUUUCCAUUUGGAGCCUAUUUAGUUCAAGUUGGACGAAUGACACCAGAGGGCAUGUUCAUAGUUUUCACUGCAAUUGCAUAUGGAGCUAUUGCCAUGGGAGAGACACUUGUUUUGGUACCUGAAUAUUCGAAGGCCAAAUCUGGGGCUGCUCAUCUGUUCGCCUUGUUGGAAAAGAAACCAACCAUAGAUAGUCACAGUCAAAGAGGGAAAAAGCCAGACACAUGUGAAGGGAACUUAGAGUUUCAAGAAGUCUCUUUCUUCUAUCCAUGUCGCCCAGAUGUUUUCAUCCUUCGCGGCCUAUCCCUCAGUAUUGAGAAAGGGAAGACAGUAGCAUUCGUUGGCAGCAGCGGCUGUAGGAAAAGCACUUCUGUUCAACUUCUGCAGCGAUUUUAUGACCCUGUGAAAGGACAAGUGUUAUUUGAUGGUGUAGAUGCAAAAGAAUUGAAUGUACAGUGGCUCCGUUCCCAAAUAGCUAUAGUUUCUCAAGAGCCUAUGCUCUUCAACUGUAGCAUUGCUGAGAACAUUGCCUAUGGUGAUAACAGCCGUGUUGUGCCAUUAGAUGAGAUAAAAGAAGUUGCAAAUGCAGCAAAUAUCCAUUCUUUCAUUGAAGGUCUCCCUGAGAAAUACAACACACAAGUUGGACUGAAAGGAGCACAGCUUUCUGGUGGCCAGAAACAAAGACUAGCCAUUGCAAGGGCUCUUCUCCGAAAACCAAAAAUUUUAUUGUUGGAUGAGGCCACUUCAGCCCUUGACAAUGAGAGUGAAAAGGUGGUUCAGCAUGCACUUGAUAAAGCCCGGAAAGGGAGGACAUGUCUAGUGGUGGCUCACAGACUCUCCACAAUACAGAAUGCAGAUCUGAUAGUGGUUCUGCACAAUGGAAAAAUAAAGGAAAGGGGAACUCAUCAGGAGCUCCUGAGAAAUCGAGACAUAUACUUUAAAUUAGUAAAUGCACAGUCAGUGCACUGAUGUUCUUGAUUUGGCACUCUUUUGAUCUUUGUGUAAUGCCAAAAAAAAAAAAAAAAAAAAAGUGUACUUAGCCAUUACUUGACAUGCUUUGAUCUUUUAUGUUGCAUAUAUCAAUACCUAGAAUCAUGCUACUCGUGUACAAACAUGUUCUGUUCACACAUCUUCCCCUUAGAUUUUUAAAAGGAAACAAAAUUUUGCUAAAUCCAUGUAAGCGAGAUAAUGCUUCUAUCCUUCACUUGAUUUAUACAAAUGUUCUAGCCCAUAUGCAUAAAGUAGUUUUCUGCAAAGUAAAUCUAUUUUCCCAUCAACUUCUGCUAUAAAAUUGAAAAUAUUUUUCUGGAGGAAAUCAUCCAGUUAAUUAGGUUGAAAGGUUAUAGAAAAGACAGAGAGAUAUAGCUGGACCUAUGGAACUCCAGGGGAAGUGUCUUUAAUUUGGAUUGUAAAGGGCUUUGGGUUGGCUACUCAGGAAGUUGAAACAAGAGGAUCACUUGAGCCCAAGAAUUUAAGGCCAGGCUGAGUAACACAGCAA